UUUCGCCCCCAAGUGAGCACGUCAUGGUGUGGAGUCCGCACAGGCCGUGGUGGGAGCGAUACCAACCGGUCAGCUACAAACUGAUCAGUCGCAGUGGAAGCGAGCAAGAGUUUGCCGACAUGGUGGAACGGUGCAAUAAAGUCGGUGUCAGGAUUUUCGUGGAUGCGGUGAUCAACCAUAUGACUGGAGACAGCGGCAUCGGGGUCGGCAUAGCUGACAGCACCUUUAACACGUACGAGCAGUCUUAUCCUGCCGUCCCGUACAGCAUCCACGACUUUAACUCGAAGGAAAAGUGUGGAACGCAGAGCGGUAACAUCGAAAACUACAACAACGUGAAUGAGGUGCGAAACUGUCGCCUUGUCAGCUUGCUCGAUCUCGAUCAGAGCAAAUCCUGGGUGAAGGACCGUAUAAGGGACUACCUCAACCAUCUCAUCCGUUUGGGUGUAGCAGGGUUUCGAGUUGACGCGUCCAAACACAUGUGGCCCGACGAGCUGAAGGCAAUCGUUGAGAGCCUCAACGACCUACCCGAAACGCAUUUCGGCGCGGGCCAACGCGCCUUCGUCUUCACGGAAGUCAUCGACAUGGGCGGAGAACCGAUCACGAAGUACGAGUACACGGGCAUCGGACGCGUCACCGAGUUUCUCUACGGCAUGAAACUGGGCGAGGUCUUCCGACGAUGGAACAACCAGAAGCUGGAAUACCUGCAGUUCUUCGGCGAGUCGUGGGGCAUGCUGCCGUCCGGGUACGCGUGGACGUUCGUCGACAAUCACGAUAACCAGCGGAAGCACGGCGGCGGCGGUGACAUGGUACUCACAUUCUGGGAGCCACGCGUCUACAAGAUGGCGAACGCGUUCAUGCUCGCCUGGCCGUACGGCUACACGAAGGUUAUGAGCAGCUACUACUGGUACCCGCGCGAGGACACCGACGUCGGACCGCCGGCAGACUCCUACGGCAACACCAACACCGUGCCGAUCAACGACGACGGCUCGUGCGGCGGAAACUGGGCGUGCGAGCACAGGUGGCGCCAAAUUCGAAACAUGGUCGCCUUCCGCAACCUAGUGCACGGCACCGCCGUCGAGAACUGGUGGGGCAGGGGUGACCAGAUUGCGUUCUCGCGCGGCCGCAAAGGGUUCCUAGCGAUCAACAACGACUAUUCGCAGACGAUGUCGGGAGAGUUCUACACUGGUCUACCUGAGGGCUUCUACUGCGACUGCAUCUCCGGCGACAUGCUGGGAAGCGGCGACAAUGCGUACUGCACGGGUCAAACGUUGAGCGUCAACAGCAUGGGUCGCACCCACAUCAACAUCAGGAGCGAUAGCGAGAACCCGAUGAUUGCGAUCCACGUCGACUACAAACUCGGCAGCAAACGUGGGAACAUUCCCACGCGGAGGAAUGGUGGGAAAUAGACUGCUCUCGCACUAAUCAAGGCUGGUUCGAACUGAAGGGUGUGAUAAGCUCUUCAGGGCACGUUCAAUGGGAAUCGGAUGUUCACCAGUCCAGCUGUAGGGGCAGUGCUGGUGCUAACCAUCCGUUUAAGUCCAACAAUCACUUUGCCUUGUGUGGAAAGAUGAACGUGUUUAGAUUUGGAGAUAUCUCGUGUGAGAUUAAUAACCUUAGAAGCGCGUGAUCUUUAAAAAGAGAAAUGUUACAAUAUUGAAAUUGUGUUUUUUACCUAACGCAUGAAGAUUUUAAUUAAUUCCCCAUACACUACCAAUAUACAAUAUAAAGUUGUUGCAGUAAUAUAAUGACGUACAUUUGCUUUAA